GAGAGAGAGAGAGAGAGAGAGAGAGAGAGAGAGAGAGAGAGACUCGCCGGAAAAGAAAUUUUGGUGCCGUUUACAUCGUCGCCCCUCUUUAGAGCUCACAGAAGUUCGAAUCAAAUGUGAUGGGAAGCGGAGUCUCCAGCCUCUUCUCGUGCCUCAAGCCGGAGACUCGCCCCGCCGCCCAUCACGCCGACAAUCCCGACCUUCUCUUUUCCGCCUCCGACGCUCUCGACGAAACCCUAGGCCACUCCUUCUGCUACGUCCGCUCUUCCAACCGUUUCCUCUCUCCCUCUCAUUCCGAUCGCUUUCUUUCCCCUUCUCACUCCCUACGUUUUUCCCCUCCUCACGAACCGUCGCUGGGGGCUAGGACUAGAACUGCUCCGCCCGAGACUGCCUUCAAGGCCAUCUCUGGUGCUUCUGUAAGUGCCAACAGUUCUAUUCCCAGAUCUGUUCUUAUGCUCGAUGCUGUUUACGACGAUGCCACUGACACUGCGCUUGGGGCUUGCGGUGGUGGUUGUGGAGUCAGGGGGAGUAUUUUGAAUGGCUUUGAGAGUACUUCUUCUUUUACUGCUCUUCCGCUUCAGACGGUGCCCAGAGGUGGGACUGAGCCGUUGGAACGGGGUGGGUUCUUUCUCUCUGGUCCAAUUGAGCGUGGGGUGCUUUCUGGUCCUCUUGAUGCGAAUGUUGAUGGCGCUGGUGCUGCUGCUGCUGGCUCUGGUGGGAGAGUUCAUUUCUCCGCUCCGCUUGGUGGUAUGUACAUGAAGAAGAAGAGGAAGAAAAGCAUUUCGGGGUUUAGGAAGGCGUUUACGAGGAAUUUUUCCGAUAAGCGGCCGUGGGUGGUGCCAGUGUUGAAUUUCGGUGGCCGGAAGGAGAACUCGACGGCGGGAGAUGAGCCGGAGGUGAGGAAUGAGAGCGAUGUUCAAUGGGCGCUUGGGAAGGCUGGGGAGGAUCGUGUACAUGUGGUUGUAUCGGAGGAGCAAGGGUGGUUGUUUGUUGGGAUUUAUGAUGGGUUUAAUGGCCCUGAUGCGCCGGAAUUCUUGAUGGGGAAUCUCUAUAGAGCAGUCUUCAAUGAGCUUCAGGGAUUGUUUUGGGAAAUUGAUGAUAGUGAGGAGGCUGCUGCAAAUGUGGUUGCAGAGAGUACCGUCAGUAUAAACGAAACUAAUGCUGACCCGUCUACGAGAGCCUCCAGUCAAACGAUUGAAACUAAUGGGAGUGUUUCAGUAGUUGGAAAUGAAGGGGAAAAGGAACAACAGGUCCCUGAUCGAGGAUCAGUGAAGCGAGUUACGUUUCAAUCCGUGGAUGGAUCGGAGCAUAGGCGUAGGCGGCAGCUGUGGGAGUAUUUAGCAGAGGACGAUACACAGGAUGGACUUGAUCUUUCAGGUUCAGAUAGAUUUGCAUUUUCAGUUGAUGAUGCGCUUAGUGUAAAUAGUGCAGGUUCAGUAGCUGGUAGAAGGUGGCUGUUAUUGUCCAAGUUAAAACAAGGGUUGUCAAAGCAUAAAGAGGGUCAUCAUCAUGCUAAGACUUUGUUCCCGUGGAAGUAUGGUUUGGGAGAUAAAGAGAAGGUUGAGGAGGCUGAGAAUAGGGUGGAGGAGACAUCUUAUCGAAGUGGUAAAAGGAGAAAGGAAGGUUUAAUCGAUCAUGAGUUGGUGUUGGGCGCAUUGUCAAGGGCUCUUGAGAUAACUGAAUUAGCAUAUUUGGAUAUGACAGAUAAGUUGCUCGAUACGAAUCCAGAGCUUGCUUUGAUGGGUUCUUGCUUGUUGGUUGUGUUAAUGAGGGAUGAGGAUGUGUAUGUAAUGAAUGUGGGUGACAGCCGUGCCAUUGUUGCACAGUAUGAGCAACAAGAAGUUGGCCCAAAUCAAGACUUGAAAGAGGAGGGCGACAAAAGAGCAGGCAUGGAGGGUAUAAUUGAGGAGUCUGCAGAUACGAGUGAAGGCAAAAUAACUCGAACAAACCAACCUUCGUCUCAGACAGCGAGAUUAACUGCAUUGCAGCUAUCCACCGAUCAUAGCACGAGCAUUGAAGAGGAAGUAAAAAGAAUAAAGAAUGAGCACCCUGAUGAUAAACAAUGCAUUGUCAACGAUAGAGUGAAGGGCCGUCUAAAGGUUACAAGGGCAUUUGGUGCAGGGUUUUUGAAACAGCCAAAGUUGAACGAUGCGUUAUUGGAAAUGUUUCGGAAUGAGUAUAUUGGUACUGCACCAUAUUUAUCAUGCAUGCCUUCUCUUCGUCACCAUAGACUCUGCCCCACAGAUCAAUUCAUCGUGCUCUCAUCUGAUGGAUUGUAUCAAUAUCUAACCAACGAAGAAGUGGUUUCUUAUGUUGAGAACUUUAUGGAGAAGUUUCCAGAUGGAGACCCUGCACAGCACUUGAUAGAGGAGCUUCUUUGCCGUGCUGCUAGAAAAGCAGGAAUGGAUUUUCACGAAUUGUUGGACAUCCCACAGGGGGAUCGGAGGAAGUAUCAUGACGACGUUACUGUUAUGGUCAUUUCACUUGAAGGAAGAAUCUGGAAAUCCUCAGGAAAAUACCUUUGAAAGACUUUCAUAAAUCUCUGGUCAAGUGAAACGACAUUCGUGCCUUCAACUCGGAUGGUGCUCUGCAAGUGACAUGAACAUACAACCGUCCCAUAUUUCAUGGAUCGCCUUACGUUUUUUCUUUUGCAUCUCAAACAGCAAGCCAGCCUGAAGAAAUUGGACGAACUCAUGUGAUAUUGACGAAAAGGCUACAAGUUGGAUGCACGUUCCAAAGGCGCAACUAGAUGCCACAGUUUGGUUUGGAGGAUGAACAACAGUCAAUUGGAAAAUUUAACUUCUUUCACCUUCUAUUAUCUAUUGUUUCCUUCCCCUUUUAGACAGACACCUCCAAGGAAGAAAGCAUUUUUGCAUAGGGAUCAGGCACUUGCCAUUCGUUUGUGCCUCUUUUUAUCAUUUUAGGCCAAAAAAGAAAGAAAAAAAA